AUGAGCCGACUACAUCAUCGAGUCGGUCGUACUAGGCGACUGGAUAAGCCGAUAGUUCAUCGUCUGCGUGAAUCAGUCAUUCUCUCCCCCGUGCCUGAAUGGGCCAAAUCCGCCACCGUGAACUACCAGUGGCCCAGCAAUUUGGUUAUAGCCCCGGCUGUCGGCUCUUCAUCUUCUCACUUUGUUGGCAAAACACCUCCACCCCACAAGAAGUCAAACCCGGAACUUCAACAGGAGCUCGAACGAUGUUUGAAACUGCGCGAUGGGGCGUCACGAAUUCUACCACUCACUCAGAAUCGAUUGCAACAAUUGGACGCGAUCAAGACGCUUUUUGUCACAAACGAACAGGUACUACUGUGUCUUCAGCGAGUACAACGCGAGAAAGUGGAGGAUGCGAUCUCAGCCAAUCGAACCUCACCGAAUAUCACGCCCCCGCGCACUGAUCUACCUCGUGAACCGAUUCUUCGAACCCGGAAUCAUGCACAAGCGGGUGUGGCCAAAUUAUGUCUAUCAGAUAUACGCAUUCCCUUGCUCUGGCGAGAUGGCCCCCUCGGUGUGAACAUGCAAGUCCUGAUGCAACGUUUGUUCCCCCAGUCUCAGUCCUUACUGACCACAGCCAGUUUGUUGGCCGGUGCCGGGGAUAUGGCCGAUCGGACAGACACCGGCGAACAAUGUGANGUAUUCUGUCUGGCAUGCGGUAUUCUGUCUGGCUCGUCCGGGUCACACGAUUCGUGA